ACUAUUCAACAUGGAGACAACAGUUGAGAAGCUCGAGGCAAUGUUCCUGAAGUCUGAGGCGGACCUGGAAUACAUCGAGAGGCGGCUGACGCUGGGCUUCAUCAAAAGCGAGACGGGAUGUCCCGCCGAGGAGAACCCGGCGGUGAUGCUGGAGAACCUGAGGGCCAUCAAGGCCAAGCACGUGGCGCUGUGCUCGCAGGUGAAGGAGAUCGCGGCGGCGCAGAAGGAAUCCAUGGACUCCAUCCGGCACAACCUGGGCGGCGCCAUGGAGCUCGUGCAGCGCUUCCAGCAGAACACUGACCUGCAGGUUCAGUCACUGACGGAGUCCGAGCGGGAGUCAGCAGAGCUCCUGGGUUUAGCGGUCAGUGAGACCACAACAGAGGUUCCUACUCUUGGAGCAGCUUCUGGACACCAGCAGCCACCGAACUGCGGGUACGAGGAGGUGAGCGACGCCAUGCUGGAGGAAGUUCCUCUGGACGUGCGCUCCAGCGUCAAGCUGGCUGACCUCAAUAUGUUCUACCAGCACCUGCAGUAGCACCUCGGCGACGACGGUGGCUCCCUCAGCGUGCAGAAGAUGAAGCAGUUGAAGAUGAAGGUGAGCGAUGCCACGCUGAAGGUCCUGCAUCACCUCUCGUUGGUGGAGUUGGACCGGAAGGGCCACGUUCGUCUCGCCGUGUGACGGGGAAUCCACCACCGGAGUGACUCCACCCGUCCCACCGGGAGUGUGGAGGGGGAGCUCUCCGAAGAGGAUUGUAUUGGGUGACGUGGUCUCUCAGCUCACACAAAUAACACUCACAUUGAAGUCAGAGAACUUGAGUUGUGAUAAAUGCAUGGACGUCUAGUGGUGUCAGUUCUUGUUACGUCUAGUUCAAGCGUCGGCAUAUGAGGGAUAUUGAUGUUCCUGUACUGCAGCAUGACGAUAUCAAUCAGUCCAGCUGUCUGUGACGAAGACGGAACCCAAAGGAUAUAUUUCCAUGUGUCGAGAAAAACUUUGAAGAUCGAACAUCUUCUUUCUUGACGAGAGGACAGAGAAGGGAGGAGGCCCUUUGGGCUGUCGGAGGUUCUAUAAGUGGAUUGCUUUUAAACCAGAUGGUGUCUUGUUUAUGAUUUUUAUUUCCCAAAACGACAAAAUGUAAAAUAAAUAAUGUCUAAAACUUGAA